CACAAUCAAUAGAACCAGCGCACGCACAGCCUGUAGAAAAAUAAAAUUCACACACAUUUUUCUAUUACCUUGGUGUGCCCGUCGCGAGUCGAAAAAGUUGUGUUUUCUGCUUAAUUCUUCUCCAAAAAUUCUGCUCAACUAUGUCUAAACUUUAAAUAUUUCCAUAAAAUCUAGUCGCCAGCUAAUCUAUAAAUCAAACAAAAACAAAAAAUGAAGAAAAAUUGUCGUAUUUUGUGAGAAAAUCUUUUUCUUGUCCAAGUGCUUUGGAAAAAAAAUUUAUAAAUCUAUUCCUCCAUCCUUUUUAGAAGCAAAAGGAAUAAAGAAGAACAUACACCAUAAUUUGUGUUGCUAACCUGCUCUAACACAUUGUUCGCAGAUUGCAAUAAAAGUGAGACAAAAGCAGUCAAUCUAUUUUUUUUUGUAUUUAUUUUAUUGUCAGUUCUCUUGGUCGUCUCUUCUCUGCAAAUUUUUCACACCACACUGCGGCGGAGUCUCUAAAAAGGUGUUGGAUCUGAUUUAGCAAAUUUUUCAAGCGAAUUAUUCCAGAAAUCUUCCAUAGGGCAGAACUUUUUAAAAAAAUAACCCGUCGAGAACUGAAAAAGUAAUCACCUGGCGGAUAUGAAUACAAAGGCUGACGUCAACAGACGUGUUUUGGCUAUUCAGGCCAAGAAAAAACGUCAUAAGCCCAACAAGAAGAAGGGAAAACCUAAUGGCAUUGUUGGCGGCGACAAAUCUAACACACCCGGGGCACCGGGAAAUUCUAAUAAUAGUGGUAAUGGCGGCGGCGGCAGCGGCGAAGUCGAUGGGUCUGUCCCGAACAGCCCACAAUCUCCACCAACUACAGCAGCGGAGGUAUUACAGAACAAUGCUGGUGGAGGUGAAAAAAUAAAUAAAUCGAUGGCUGGCUCGCAGGCUCCAUCGAGUGGUGCUGGCUCCUCUGCGGCAAGCACUACAACACUCGAGCAAUUGAACUCAUCUUUAAUGGCGACACUGUCUAAUAAGUCGGCGAAUCGCUCUUUCGAUAAGAAAUUCACUGACAACAACAAAGAUUUUCAGUAUCCCCCGAGGAGCUCAUCCAAUGAAUCGGAUGAAUCUGAGCUUAAUAGCGAGAACGACGAACAAGAGCCUAAGGAGGACUAUUGUAAGGGUGGUUACCAUCCAGUUAAUAUUGGUGAUUUAUUUCAAGGUCGCUAUCAUGUUGUACGUAAACUCGGAUGGGGCCAUUUUUCAACCGUCUGGCUAUGCUGGGAUCUGCAAGAAAAGCGUUACGUUGCUAUUAAAAUUGUUAAAUCAGCUCGACACUUUGCCGAAACAGCCAAAGAUGAAAUUAAAAUACUGAAAUCGGUGCGUGAUAGUGAUCCUUCCAAUCCACGUCGCGACAAGACGGUACAACUUUUGGAUGAUUUCAAAAUAACUGGAGUGAAUGGCACUCAUUUUUGCAUGGUAUUCGAAGUACUGGGAGAUAAUCUUUUGAAAUUAAUUCGCAAAUCAAAUUAUCGUGGGAUACCAAUUGAAAAUGUCAAAUCAAUCACUAGGCAGGUGCUCGAAGGUUUAGACUACUUGCAUUCUUGCUGUAAGAUAAUACACACUGAUAUAAAACCAGAGAAUGUGCUACUUUGUGUUGACGAACAAUACAUAAGAUCCCUAGCCAACGAAGCUACCGAACUUUAUGUUAUGAAUUUUAAAAUGUUUCCUUCGUUUGUUAGCCGAGCACCCAAGGAAUACCGUGAACCACCCAUUACUGGCAAAAUGAGUAAGAACAAGAAGAAAAAAUUGAAGAAGAAGGCAAAGAAGAGGUUAGAGCUAUUUAAAAAGCAGUGGGAUUAUUUGGAACAAAGCGGAGGAGGUGAUGCUGCCAAGCCGGACGAGAAGCCUCUUAAUAAUGGUGAUGUUAAAGGCAAUGCGCUUGUUAGUCCCGAUGAUGCGGAUCAGUCACAAAAUCAGAGCGAUGGUGUUGUUAAUCAUAACAGCACAUUGAAUGGAGAUGCAUCUGAUGAUGAGAAGGAUAACGAAGAUGAUGCCGACGAUGAAGAACAUUUGAAUUAUGAGUCGAGUCCCUCUUCACCUGCUAUUAAAAAGGAAGAAGGCACCAAAAACAAGAAUUGUAAAAAUAAUUCCAUCCAGCAAAAUAAAAAUCUAGACAAUAAGGAGGAUGAUCCCAAAUCGCCAGAAGAUGAUAAAUCCGAAACGACAGAAGAAAUUUCCGUAAAACGGUCCUCAUCUGUCGAUAAAAAGAAACACAGUACAUCACCAUCGCUUAACUUACCGAACAACAAUCAGUUAAUCUCAGGUCCUUCGGAAGCAUACAACACCACGAAUGGGCCACAUCUUCCACCACCUAUCGCUAAUACUCAACCAUCCCAGCCUAAGAAGGAUCCGGCACUUGAGCCAUGUGACUUCGAUGUUAAAAUUGCCGAUUUGGGCAACGCUUGCUGGGUACAUCACCGUUUCACAGAGGACAUCCAAACACGUCAGUAUCGUUCACUAGAAGUUAUUCUGGGUGCUGGUUACGAUACAUCGGCUGAUAUAUGGAGCACUGCCUGCAUGGCAUUCGAGCUGGCCACCGGAGAUUAUCUCUUUGAGCCGCACUCGGGGGAGAAUUAUUCUCGCGACGAGGAUCAUAUUGCUCAUAUAAUUGAGCUAUUGGGUGCAAUACCCGUACACAUUAUAGCACGUGGUGCCUAUCAUCAGUGUACAUUCAAUCGCCAAGGUGAACUCCGCAACAUAACCGGUCUCAAGCCAUGGGGUUUAGUUGAUGUUCUAAAUGAGAAAUACGAAUGGUCCCGCGAAGAUGCUGAAUCGUUUGCCGACUUUUUACGGCCCAUGCUUGAGUUUGAUCCCAAGAAACGAGCAACAGCUGCCGACUGUUUGAAGCACCCAUGGCUGAGAUAAAAUACACUUUUCAACAAUACUAUUUAUAUACUUAAUAAAAUUAAGAGAAUUUUCAAAAAAUAGUGAUUUUAUGCCUAACAUUUGUGGCCGUUUGUCUCUUUUGUCUAGACAGAAGGCCAGCUUAUGCACAUACACAACACACAUUUUUUUUCAACUUUUUGAAAAACAAAAACAAAAAAAAACAAGCUACGGCUGCCCCCAUUGAAGUGUCACCACAUUUAUAUAAAAAUUAAAAUUUUCGAAUUAAUUUUAUUUUGUUUAUAGAAAAUUUAUUAAAUUUCUAAUCUUUUCCAUAAAUAAUUUUUUGCUGUUAACUUAAGGUUUUAAACAAAAAAAAUGUUUUAUUUUGUUUUGAUAUAAAUAAUUUGCAAUAUACCAACGCCAAUCACUAA